AUGGCCACCCGAACCCUCACCGCCACCGCCACCACCACCACCGCCGCGACGACGACGUCUUCCGCCAACUUCCUCCAGCACGCGUCUCGAGGCUCCGCUGCAGCAGCACCACCGAAGCAGGAUCGCAUCAAAGUGUACAAGGACUUCCUCACGCCCGCCCUGCACCGCCGCUUCUGCUCCGCCGCCGGCAUCACUCUCCUCCUCUGCCUCAUCGACUCCUUCUUACUCUCCACCUCGUCGCACCUCUUCUGGUCAUGGUUCCCUUUCGGUCCUGCAGGUCUGCGAGCGCUGCUGCUCUUCAUGCCCUGUCUGAUGGUGUUUAUUGUGCGACUGGCGAACAUGCACAUUGGACAGCGAACAAGCUCGAGUCCGGCUCAGGUGCUGUAUGGAAAAUUGGUGGGUGCAAAGGCCCUGGCGAGCACGCUCAAUACCCUCUUCUGGUACUGGGGAAGUGGCUUUCUGUUUGGGGAGAUUUAUAUUUGGUCGAGAGCCAGUACCGCUGAAUUGGUCAUGGUCGAUGUGGGAGACCCCAACUGGGUGAGGCCACGACUGAAUGAGAAUCCCAUUGUGUUGAGGUGCAUGUUUUCGACCUUGGCCGUGGCACAGAGUGUGUUGCAUUUCUGGCGCGACUACGAUCGAGUCCGCAUUGGAGAGGAUGAAAAGGAGGACACUUCUGCUGUCUCGUAUGCACGUGGUAUGCCCACACCGGUUCGAGAACUGGCCGCCAGGGCAAAGACAAUAGUCGCGAGGUCGGUCAAUCUGACCAUCAUCGCCAUAUGCAUAUUCCCUCCCACCAUUUACUACACCAUCCUGAGACGCUUUGCUUGGAGAGUGACAUACUCCUUCGCCAGCAUCUUCUACAGCGAUUUGCCAUCAAACGCCGCCCCGAGUGGUGUGCAGCAUCUCACUUUACUCGUCCCGCAAGCGUUGUUCUCCUCCUUAAUGCUCGUCUCAUUGUGGGAAGUGUCCAAUGCCACAUUCGACGUCUUUACAUCGCAACCACCGCUGCGGAAGGGGCAGACAUUGACCAGCCAAAGCAAGGAUCCCAAUGGAAGUCUGCUGACCGGCCUGAAGAGCAAGAAGGAAGUCAACAAGGCGUUUGCGUUAUGGGAGCUAUUCUUGAUCACGACGCAGUACGAAGUACGCCGAAAGACCAUCUUCACCGAAGUCGAUCGCAGUACAGGCAGCACGUGGUCGCAAAUCUGCAAGCUGUGCCUGGAUGAAGUCAAAAGUGUCCAAGGCCGUAUCAAUCUGGCGAACCAGCCCGCCGAAUAUCAAAAACAGCAGGAUGAACAGAACAUACGCGCUCAGCAGCCGCCAGUCAUGCCACAUGCCCAAGUUGACAUGGGACUGCAAAGAAUUGCCGAUCGCCAAGUCAUCAACGACGGUGCUCUACAAAGUCCGAGCCGGAAACCCGACUUCUACAAUACGGUUGGUAACCUGGCUCGAUCUAUGGGACAACAGCCUGGCGCUCACAAUCCCAUCCUCCCUCGCGCGCAGAGAGCGAUCGAGUGGAGUAAAGACCAAGUCCUGCCACAGGAGUAUCAAGAACGCCUGCGACCUCAGCACCUGGAGAGGCAAGCUAGUGGUCAGCUGGUGGAGCUAUUGAAAAUGCCAAUCGGCAUCCCUUUUCGCCAGACUUUUGCGAAGAAGGUCAAUGCAGUCGUUUUUGGCACUCCGAGUAGUCAGAAGACCACCAUCAUGCAUGCUGCCAAGUCGCUGAGCCAACUUGCGGUUCUGUCUUUGAAAGAAGACGACUACGGUCAAGCGCAGAAGGACAUCGCCAACAUUACGCGGACCUUUACAUCAACGAUCAUAGCCGUUGAGAGGUAUGUCCAAGAAGUACAACCACACUGGACAGACGUCGAAUUUCUGCAAGAGCGAGACAGAAAUAUCGCAGCAGUUGAUGAACUACUGGACGUGCUCAAGACGGGGCUGGAACAGAUCCUGCUCGCAUUCGGCGAAUAUGCCGAAACACUGGGCUUGAGUAAGAAGGAGGUACGAGAAGCGAGGGAAGCAAGUAUCAAAGUUCCGAAACAGCCGGUUUCAGAGAUGGAGCAGGCGCCUGCACAAAAACGAAGGGCACAACCACAGGAGAGGGCGCGACCGAAACAGGCACAAGAGAGGUCUGGUGCUGCUGCCCCCCAGCAGCAGCCUGAGAUGAGGGAACGGAGAAGACGGCCGCCGCCGCCGCCGCAGCAGCAGUAGCACUACACCGGAUUUGUUCUUGCGGGUCCUUUGAGCGACCGCAUGCAAUGUGCACGUAUCUAUAACGACUAGGUACCUAUGUAUUGCUUGGACUUGUGGCACUCGACAGCUCAUCAAGGAACCCGUCUCACUCCUAGUUCGCCCGUCCUCUGCCGUUGCUCAAGUUGCUGAAGCAAAUGAAGGAGACUAAAUAGGCACUUGUUGAAGUGAAUGUCAAGGUCUUUGAUUCCAAGCAAGACAGCAAGACCCUUACACAGCUACAGAUGUUGCUAGGAAAUUUCCAAAUUUCGACAUCUCGACAACCAUGCCUGAGCUGACCAAUGACGCAAGCUGGAAAAGCGGGGAAGCUCCAGUUCGCCCUUACAUGUAGUUCUGGGUCCUCUUCUCAAGAUGUCUUGUGGUACAUGUAGGUGAAUCAGGUAGGUACAAAUAGUCCAACCGUUGACCAGAACGCAGAAAUCACAAUUCACAUUCGAUCAUAAUGAGCGACUUCUCGCAGUAUGGCGGCGCAAGCCAAGAGCUCCUCGAUGUAUUGGCAACACUUCCCGCAAGCCCACCCGACUCGAGCAGCGUCGAAGAGAUCAAGAAAGCCACAAAUCAAGGGCGCGAGAUGACCUCGCGAGAGGAGUUUAGUCUUCUCAAAGACCAAAUCUCCCUCCAGGACCACUCUGUACCCGCCCGGGAUGGCCAUAUCCUCUCCGCUCGCAGCUAUCGACCCACGACCAUACCACUGCACAUCACCCUUCCCAUCUACAUUCAUUUUCACGGAGGAGGCUUCCUCUUCGGCACGCUCGACUCCGAAGACGCAACGUGUGCACGGAUAGCCCUCGCAUCCGAUGUCGUCGUCUUCAACCUCAACUACCGCCAUUCUCCCGAAUGGAAAUAUCCCACCGCAUGGCACGACGCGGAAGAUGCAUUCGAGUGGGUCGUCGCUCAUGCCUCGAAAUCCUUCCACGGAGAUCCCACACACGUGGUCGUAGGCGGCGUAUCGGCAGGCGGACACCUCGCAGCAGCCCUGACACUGACCAAGAAGCGCGAGAACGCAUCCUCGUUUGCGAAUAUCAAAGGACAAGUCCUCAUGAUCCCGGGCCUCGCACACAUGGCACACGAAGAUCAACUCAAACAUCGGAGUGACAUGCACCAUCGAUCCUCGUACCAAGAAAACGAAUUCGCGCCAGUGCUCCCCGUGAGCAAGAUCAACUGGUUCAACGACCUGGUCCACUCCCAAGCUCCUCUCGCCUCGGAUCGCCGUGUCAACAUCCUUGCUGCAUCACCCGAAGAAGUUCACGGACUCCCUCCGACCACGUUUGGAAUCGCCGGGCUGGAUCCCCUGAGGGACGAGGCAUUGUUGUAUGCAAAUGUGCUGGCGGAGAAUGGUGUGCCGACCGAUGUGCAUCUCUUCAAGGGUGUGCCGCAUGGCUUUCGGAGAUUUGGGGUGCAAAAGUUGUCGCUGUGUCGAGAUUAUGAUCGGGUGAUGCAUGAUGGGAUUCGGUGGGCGCUGAGCCAUCCUCCGGCGAACAUCAAGGUCGAGGUGAAUGUUCAUGAGGGGUCAGUCAGGUAGAUAGGUAAGGUAGGAUCCUACAGGUAUCUCGAGAAGCAGCAGCUACACUGCGCAGACAUGUGUAGCCAGCAUGCACCGCCGUGUCGCUGCUUUUCGUCUGUCAAGUGGUGAUGGAAAACUGAAGACUACGGCAGACAACAUUUCUUGAUGCCAUUCGUGGCAGAGCUUUAUUUUCUUUUCUUUCACUAUGAGCGUGCCCGACUGAUAAUGCACAAGAGUUCGGACCGCCUGCUGUACCGACUUCCCACCGUUCCAUAAUAUACCUCAUCUUCAUUCAUGAUCAUCUCCACGCGUCGAAGUCGAGGCCAUGUGGGUAGUUCUCUCGAUGGACUCGAUAUCGCUACGCAGGGUUCUGCGCUUCUCCUAUACCGGUCCCUACGAUAUUGUAUCGCAUCGCGUAUUCUGGUAUACCGUAUGCACAUCUUCAUCAUGCGCAAUUCGUCUUCCACCUCUCAAGCGAACAUGCUCGCGCCUCCGCUCUCAAUCGCUUCAAUCUCCGCCUGACUCCAAGCCGUCCUGUGGAAACGCUUGGGCAGAUCACUCCUGUUCGCGACCUCACCCUUUGCGAGCUUGAUGGGCCCCAGUUCCUUCGCGCUCUUGCCUCCAAUUGCUCCAUAUGGGUUGACAGGAGCGGCACUUGGUCCGCCUGCCGGUGCCGAGCCACUCUUGAGAGGUCCGUGUUGAGUCGCCUGUUGUCUGUAGUUUGCGAAUGAUGACGGGAGAUGGUGGGAAGGAGAUUCGGGGUGGGGCUUGGGAGUGUGAUCAAGUUCUGUAUCUCAGACAUUAAUUUGGCUUCCGCAGUAGGUACAUAUAUAUGUACGGCUCUGGCGGCGUGACGUACGCUGUGGUAUGGAGCGCUUGCCAAGGAACUUGAUCAUGGGCUGACGGUGCUGCAGCAGGCGUCGUGUUGCCUGCAUUUUGAUGAUCUCUGAGUGUGUUGUGUGUGUGUGAUUGUGUGGUUGUUGCCAGGCAAUGGGUAACUGAAGGUGAUGCCGCUUCCGGGAUAUAUGGCUGCAGUCUCGGUGAGCGUGUCGAAGCGGGUUGACGGUGAUCGAGGGUUGGGCGCUGGUCGGCGAAGACGUGAGAAAUUCGGAGAAAGCGGAACGGUGAGUACGGUAGAGGUGGAGGUAGUGGUAUU